CGGGGGACACAACAAAGUGAAACACUCGAGUCUUGAGAGGGGUUUCAUCACAAAGUGUCAUAUUGUGCACUGAGAUAAUCGUGUUAUUUCUGUAAGAAACCGGGUAAUUUGUCAGAUAAACCUGUGAAACAAUGGUGAGAUAUGUUUCGAAAAGGGAAGAAACGUCACAGCAGUAGCAGUUCUCAAGGCAGUGAAAUCAGCACAAAAAGCAAGUCAGUAGAUUCCAGUCUGGGUGGUCUUUCCAGAUCUAGUACAGUGGCUAGUCUUGAUACAGAAUCCACAAGGAGUUCAGGACAGAGUAACAGUAACUUUGACACAUGCACUGAAUUCAGAGUGAAGUAUUUGGGGGCUAUUGAAAACUUGAAAGCCAGUUUAUUUGAUUGCCUUCAAGGACCACAAGAUUUGAUUAAUUAUAUUGAUUUGGCACAGCAAUAUGGAAAAUUACCCUUUACACCAUCAGAAGAGGAGAGUAUUUUAUAUGUAUCCAAAUAUGGUAUCAAAGUCACAUCCUCUGAUCAAUUUGACAUUUUACACAGACAUCCACUUUAUUUGAUAGUGCGAAUGAUCUGUUAUGAUGAUGGUUUAGGAAUGGGAAAAAAUCUCCUUGCUCUAAAAACGACUGAUGCAAAUCAGAAUGAAUGCAGUAUCUGUGUGUAUCAAUGCAAUAGCUUGGAACAAGCUCAAACAAUCUGCAAAGUUCUAUCUACUGCUUUUGAUUCAGCACUUUCCUCAGAGAAAUCCUGACAGUUAUUCUCUAAACAAUAAAUCUGGUAACUCCAUGUGGAUUCAUUGGUUAUUUACCUUGUUUAACUGCCUUCAUCUACUAUUGUUGCCUUAGAUUUGUGAACUAAUGUAAAGAAUUACAAAUUCUUAAGUUUGAAGAUGUCUGCAUUUCAAUUUUUCAGUAAAUUGAGAACUAUUGGUCUGUUAGUACUGUGCAGGUUUACAGUUCUACAGAAGUCUAUUGUUGUACAUCACUAUUUCAAUUAUUGUCAAUCAUCCCCAUACCUCCUUGGAGCAGCCUAAGGUUUACUGCAGGAUUUAUAACAAAGGUUUCAGAAAAUGAAAAUAAUCAAGUGAAAUAUAUAAACCUGUAGUAAUCAUGAAGUAUUUCUUUGUAUUGAGGUAUUUCUUAAAUGUCAGACUGGUAGGUAAUAACUUUGAUUUUUGCACUGUAUAAUGCUCAGUGUUUUUACCUCUUCACUAACAAUGGCAAUUAGAUUCUCUACAGUGUGGAAACAGGCCCUUUGGCCCAACAAGUCCACACCGCCCUUUGCAGACCCAUCCCCCUAUAACCCACAUACACCCCUGAACACUACAGGCAAUUUAGCAUGGCCAAUCCACCUAACCUGCACAUCUUUGGACUGUGGGAGGAAACCCACGCAGACACGGGGAGAAUGUGCAAACUCCACACAGGCAGUUAUCCGAGGCUGGAAUCGAACCUGGGUGUCUGGCGCUGUGAGGCUGCAGUGCUAACCACUGAGCCACCGUGCUGCCCCAAUGUAAAUGAACAAGUCUUGAUGAUGAUAUAUGUUCAAGCCAAAUAUAUUUAACAAAUAGUGUGUAGGUCAGUACACUUUGUAAACACCAUUGUAAUUUUUGGCCUUUCAAAUAGCAAUGCAAUGAAGUAACAUCCUUCUAUUUAUACAAAUAAAAGAAAUAUGGACAGUUCAUUUUCUACUUGUACACUAUUAUUUUUCCCUAUGUUAUUACUUCCCAUUAAUAUCAUUCCCAAGUUGUCGAGUCAGAGUCAUACAACAUGGAAACAGACCCUGGGGUUCAACCAGUACAUGCGACCACAGUCCCAAACUAAACUAGUCCCAGCUGCCUGCAUUUGGCCCAUAUCCCUCCAAACAUUAUUUAUUCAUGUACUUACCUAAAUGUCUUUUAAAUCUCAUAACUGCACUUGCAUCCACCAGUUCACUCCUCACACAAACCACUGUUUAAAAAUAAUGCCCCAUUUGUCUUUUUUGUUUAAAACUUUCUCCUCUCAUCUUAAAAAUGACUCCUAGUCAUGAAAUCCUCCACCCUCUAAUGGUUCGGAUUUGGCGCUCGCACAGCCAUGGCUGGGGUUUAAUUCCUGGUUGGCAUGGAUGAGUUGUACUGAAUAUAUAGUAUAUCUCUAUGACUGUAGGGAACAGACAUCUGCAAUUCACCCUAUCUAUUAUUCUCAUGAUUUUAUAAAUCUCGAUAAAUGUCAUCCCUCAACCGCCUACACUCCAGUGAAAAAUAAGCCAGCUUUUCCAGCCUCUCCUUAUAACUCAAACUCUCCAUUCCUGGCAACAUCUUGGUAAAUCUCUUCGGAACUCUCUCCAGCUUAAUAAUGACGUUCCUAUAAAAAAGGGUGACCAGAACUGGACACAGGACUUUGGUGAGGCCUCUUGUAAAGUCCUGUUCACCUCAACAUAACGUCCCAACUCCUUUACUCAAAUGUCUUAACCAUCUUGUCUACAUGUGAUGCAAACUUCAAAGAAUUAUGUGCCUGAACCCAUAGGUGCCUCUGUUCUACAACACUACCCAAGGCCAUUCUUUUAAUUGUACAAGACCUAGCUUUGUUUGUUUCACCAAAAUGCAUUACCUUGUAUUUAUCCAAAUUAAACGCCAUCUACCAUUCUUCAGCCCAUUGAGCCAACUGAUCAAGAUCUCUUUGUAACCUUUGAUAACUUUCUUCACUGUCCACUAUACCACACGUUUUAGGGUCAUCCUGCAAACUUACUAACCAUGUCUUUUAUAUUCUCAUAUAAAUCAAUUAUAUAAAUGACUUACAAGAGUGAAACCAGCACCUGGUGACAGGCCUCCAGUCCAAGAAGUAAAUUUCCACCACCCCACGCUGUCUCCUACCAUCGAGCUAAUCUUUUUUUAAUCCAGUUGGCAAGCUCACCUUGAAUCCCAUGUGAUCUAACUUUUCUAAUUAGUGUACCAUGCAAAACCUGCCAAUCGCUCUGCCCUCAUUAAUCUUCUUGGUUAAAAUGGUAAUAAAAUGCUUUGAAGAACCUUUCAAACAAAAUAUACACUGCUUUUGCAUGAUUAUAGAAGAGACAAGUUCUUUGUCUAAAAGAAACGUUAUUUAUAUUAUGACCCACUAUCGUCUUAGCCAAUUAAUAUGGUAAUUUCCUUGUAAGAGCCAGUUUCAAUUCCCAUCAAUGCUGAGUUUGCAGAUGUACUCCAACUGACUAUUAAGGCGUAAGAUUUCCAGUUAACAUCAAUGCUGCUGAAUCAAAGAAGGGAUUAAAGAAGUCUGAUUGUUACCUAAUAACCCCUGGUGUGGAUAUCAGCUGAGAAUGCCAAUUGGGGUGCCACAGGUUAAAUAACUGUGAACAAUGUCAUGGCUCAAUAAAAAGUCUGAAUCACCUACCAGAAUGUAUUGAGUGAUAAGGAAACUUUGCCCCAGAAAUGUUUGUCUUCAUGGUGGGGAAAAAAAUUGAGAGAAAAAGAAAGAUUUGGAAAUUAUGUUUUUAUCUUUACAAUUUGUUAAAUAAUGUAGACAAGUGAACUAUGACUUUUCAUAUUUGCAAAAAUAAAAAGUCAAAUUGUCGAGAAUUAUUGGGUUCGAUGUUAAAAACUAAGUGAUAUCAUGUGACAUUGAGAAUAAACCAGCAGCCACUGAUGUCAGAACAAUUCGUAUUUUAUCUCAAACGCAGUGAACAACAAAUAAAAUCUCAUACAAAACCAUUAUUCCCAGCCCAAAAACCUUUAUUGACUUUAUUUACUAUAAAAUUCAGCACGUGCGAUAUAUUAAAUUUUGCUGGUUUAUUUUAACCUAGAGAUAGAAAACUUUGCGGAAGUAUUUGAAAUUCAAUGGUACUUUAUUAUUAGAGGCAGAAUUUUUGUUGAACAAGAUUGCGAAAAAACAUGCUGGUCGUGAUCAUCUGGUGUGAUUCUAUUUAUUUCUUUCUGUUUUCCUCAUUUGGGUUAUGUUAGUUCUUUAAGCUAAUGCCAUUUCAUCAAAUUGCAGUACAUUCACAAAAAUUUCAUACCCAUAUAUUUAAUUAACUUCAAAAUUUAUAUAGUCUGGACUUGGUGUUAAAAGUACACAAUAUGAAAUUUUAGUCCCGUCCUAUAAAACAGCUGAAUAGUAGAGGAAUUUUCAUGGGCAGUUAAGUGGAUAACGUUACAUGCAUCUCACAAAUUUAAAUUUUAAUAGAAUGGAAUUAACCUGUA